UGUCCUCCCAAGGAUAAGCGACUAAAGUUUUACAGCUUUUGGGUGUCAACGUCGGAAUUGACUUCUUUAGCAGUCAGUGAAUGUUAGAACUGUCUCUGCCCUGCGUCCUCUCUGUACACUUUUCUAUUCAGGUGUGGGCCUACGCUCUGCAUCUCCAUUACCAGGAAUGUCUCCGUCGACGUCCCCCAGGUUCUUCACUGAGAGGGAGGUGGCCCGACACUGCACUAAGGACUCCUGCUGGGUUCUCCAGGGGACCAGGGUGUACGACGUGACCGCUUUCUUGCGUAUGCACCCGGGUGGUGAGGCGCUUAUACUUAGCCGAUCAGGCAAGGACGUGUGCCAGGAGAUGGAAGGACCCCCACACCGCCACUCCGACAACGCCCGGCGGUGGAUGGAACAGUACUACAUUGGGGAGCUACACAGAGACAACUACUCCGAAGAGGCACAGACUCUGAGAGAAAGGAGGAAAGCCAGUGAACAUACAGCAGAAGAUACAUCGGACAAGAAUGUGAAAAACAAGGACGAUAAUGCCCCGUUCAACCAUUGCAGCUCCGUGGACCUUGACAAGGAUUUGGUGGACUGGAGGAAGCCCUUGGCAUGGCAGGUAGGCUACCUCGGAGAGAAAUACGAUGCGUGGGUUCACCAGCCAGUUGACAGACCAAUCCGACUGUUUGGGAACCCUUUUCUGGAGGCAAGCACCAAGACGUCCUGGUACUGGGUACCAGUGGUGUGGCUUCCUAUUGUCUUUUAUUACAGUUGGCACUGCUACACCACCCUGGCAAAAGGAACCACCAGGAUAGUCCUCACUUCAGACUCCUCGAUCCUGAUCCAUGAGUACAUUUUCCCAAUACUGUUUUUGCUGGGCUGGUUCUUGUGGUCGUUCAUUGAGUACUGCAUCCAUCGCUUUGUCUUUCACAUGAAACCCCCUGCCCACAACUACUAUCUCAUCACAGUACAUUUUCUUCUGCAUGGACAGCACCACAAGUCUCCAUUUGAUGGCUCCCGGCUGGUCUUCCCCCCAGGCCUGGCGUCUUUUGUUGUGGGAACUUUCUAUGCAAUCCUCCGCAACACUCUCCCAGAUAUCCUUGGGAUAUCUGUGUUUGUUGGAGGACUAUGUGGCUAUGUCAUAUAUGAUAUGAUCCAUUACUACCUUCACUAUGGCUCACCAAAGAGAGGCUCCUAUAUGUACAGUCUCAAGACCUACCACGUGAAACACCACUUUGAGCACCAACGAUCAGGUUUUGGAAUAUCCUCCACAUUCUGGGACCAUCCCUUCAACACAGUCAUCCCAGAUGAAAAAUUCUAAUACUGAAAUGGCUCAUCUUCAGGGCCACAGGAUUAAACAAGCGCCAUCAUA